GCGGCCACUUGGAGCCAUGGAGCGGGAAGAAGGAGGAGGAGGAGGAGGAGGCGAGUUGGAGUCUCCUGCCCUCUGCAAAGCCUCAUCCUUUGAGCAGAUUGAUGAGGAGGAAGAGGAUCAUGACUUGGAUCUUUUCGGGGGUUAUGAUAGCUGUCGGCAUUACACCAGCAGUGCAGACAGUGCCAGCACCUCCUGUCUUGAAGACUCUAGUGAAAAUGAAGCAGCAGAUCGAGAAGCUGCGGAACUACCUGUGUCCCUUUCAAAGACCCAAACACCUACUGCCCGAGUGCCAGAUGAUAAUGGAUCUGAGCCAGAAUGCAUUUCCACAGAAUCGAGAGGACAGGAAGCUAUCUGUGAGAUGUGUGGUAUUGUGGGCACAAAAGAUGCCUUCUUCUCCAAGACUAAACGUUUCUGCAGCGUCUCCUGCUCCAGAAGCUACUCUUCAAAUUCUAAGAAGGCCAGCAUCCUAGCAAGGCUGCAGGGUAAACCACCUACAAAAAAAGCCAAAGUCUUGCACAAGGCAGCUUGGUCUGCUAAAAUUGGGGCUUUUCUCCAUACACAGGGAACUGGGCAGUUGGCAGAUGGAACACUCACUGGCCAGGAUGCUGUUGUUGCAGGAUUUGACUGGGGAACAUACCUGCAGGACCAUGAAUGCAAGGCUGCACCUGUUAGCAGUUUCAAACAUGUGCCUCUUUAUGACCAGUGGGAGGAUGUAAUAAAAGGGAUGAAGGUAGAAGUGUUGAAUACUGAUGCUGUCCUUCCCAGUCGUGUGUAUUGGAUUGCCUCUGUGAUUAGGGUUGCAGGAUACAAGGCACUACUACGUUAUGAAGGAUUUGAGAAUGACUCCAGCCAUGACUUCUGGGUCAACCUGGGCACUGUGGAUGUGCAUCCUAUUGGCUGGUGUGCCAUUAACAGUAAAAUCUUGGUUCCCCCACAAACGAUCCAUUCCAAGUACAUAAACUGGAAGGAGUACCUCAUGAAAAAGCUUGUGGGAUCCAGAACCCUCCCAGUGGACUUCCAUAUAAAGAUGACUGAGAACAUGAAGUAUCCUUUCCGCCAAGGCAUGAGAAUGGAAGUAGUGGACAAGACCCUUGUUUCUCAAACACGUGUGGCUGUAGUGGACAGUGUGAUUGGUGGCCGUUUGAGACUCCUUUAUGAGGAUGGGGACAGCGAUGAUGAUUUCUGGUGCCACAUGUGGAGUCCCUUGAUCCACCCUGUGGGCUGGUCCAAAAGAGUUGGCCACUCCAUAAAGAAAGCAGAAAAGUGCAGUGACAUGUCAAACCAUCCUACUUUCCGGAAGAUCUAUUGUGAUGCCGUCCCAUAUCUCUUUAAGAAGGUGCGUGCUGUCUACCCAGAGGGUAGUUGGUUUGAAGAGGGCAUGAAACUGGAAGCCAUUGACCCUUUGAAUAUGGGCAACAUCUGUGUGGCUACUGUUCAUAAGAUUCUUUUAGAUGGCUACCUCAUGAUUGGCAUUGAUGGUACAGCUUCACAAGAUGGUUCAGAUUGGUUUUGCUACCAUGCUUCCUUGCAUUCCAUUUUCCCUGCUGGUUUCUGCAAGAGGAACAGUAUUGAGCUGACCCCUCCAAAAGGUUAUGAUGCCAAGACUUUCGAUUGGGCAAGUUAUCUAGAAGAAACCAAUUCAAAAGCUGCACCAACACGUCUCUUUAACAUGGAUUUUCCAAAUCAUGGCUUCAAAAUGGGAGUCAAACUGGAAGCUGUAGACUUAAUGGAGCCAAGGCUCAUUUGUGUGGCUACAGUGAAACAGGUUGUCCAUCAUCUCCUCAAAAUCCACUUUGAUGGAUGGGACAGUGAAUAUGACCAGUGGGUGGAUUGUGAGUCCCCAGAUAUUUAUCCUGUAGGCUGGUGUGAAUUGAUAGGUUACCAGCUGCAGCCACCAGUGGUUCCAGAGCCUGUGUCACCUGUACCAGCUAAAGAGGUGCCAAAGAAAAGGCGAAAGCCAUAUGGAAAGAAGCGAAAAAAGAUGACUGCUAAAGCCCGUUCCAUCAAGCGAGCAGCCAAUAAAGCAACUGCCCCAAAAGCAAAGAGGAAAAUGAAAGCUACCUCGAAAAUAUAUGCUUCAAAAUCAGAGGAGGAAAAACAAGCUGCAAGCAAAACCUCACCAAAACCAGUUCCUGGUGAAAUUGUUGAUGCACAGGUGAAAGAAGAAAUUCUUGAUGCCCCAGCAAUAGAAUUUGAAGCCCCUCAGCUUCCUGUACCCACCAGCUGCUUGAAGGAUGAGGACAUGGAAGCAGAAACUCCAGCAAGACCUGUGCUGCUCACCUACUUGAAGGAUGAAGAUGUGGAUUAGAAAUUCAGGCUGCAAAGAGACUCCAGAGUCCUGCAUGGAAGUACUUGGAAGAACAAGGAAUGAAUCACUGGCCUUAAACAAGAGCUUGGAAAAGAAACAGAUAUUUUUUUAUUAUUAUUAUUACAACUCCCAAAAUCUCCCAGCUAGCAUGGCUAACAGUCCAGAAUAGUUUCAGAGCUGUAGUUCUUUCAUAGAAGAUUAUUCCACCCCAUAAAGUUCUCAGAGAACACAUUCAACAGAAUAAUUCAGAAAGACAACCCUUCAGUGCCUUUCUGGAUGACAUUUGAAGGAACUGAGUAUGAACCUCUGUGCUUAAGAAUUCUUGUGCAAUAGGAAGAAGGUGCUAUGAGGCUUUUUAGACUUGUAUUGAUUGGAUCUGUAUAUGCACCAAAGAACUACAGGACCACACUCUUCAAGAUGGUUGGAGGUGGAGGCUGUAAAUCACACCUCUGACCUCUUUCAUAUUGUCUUUAUUUCCCUUUUUUCUGUAUAACUUUCUUCUGCCGCAUACUGUUUUAUCCAAAUGGCCAAGGUAUCAAGAGAAUUAAAUAGUAUAUGAACUGACCCCUCCACCGUCAUGCGCAGACAUCGGAGCAUCCUCUUCUUCUCCUUGAGAGGAAAGCAUUCAGUGCAUACAGUGAGAAGUGCCCCUGUGUCCUUGAAGUCCUGACUCCUACAUGACCACUUUAGAUCAUGGCUCCUCACCAGAAAGAGGUGAGGAAGCUAGUUGCUGGGGUACAAAUAGCAGAGGUCUUUUUCUUUUUCCUCUGAUCUUUGCUAUGAAGUGAGUUAACGUUUGACAAGGAGGAAGGAAAAAAUUAUUGUAAACUUUUCUAGAUGCACAAUACAGUCAUAUGUGUUCAUAUGUGUUGCAUCUUUUUUGUACAGACUCGUAUUCUAUUAAUAAACUGUGUAAAUAAUAUUUUGGGCACAUCAUGAGAAAGCACCAUUCACUUGAGAAGAUAUUAAUGCUUGGAAAAGUGAAGGGCAGUAGAAAGAGAGGAAGACCGCACACCAGAUGGCUAGACUCAAUUAGGGAGGUCACAG